AUGGACCUUCAAAGUCCUGAGUUCCGAGGCAGAACAGAGUUCUUGCGGGAGAAUAUCACCAAAGGGCAGGUGGCCCUGAAGAUUUGCUCAGCAGGUUCAGGACCCCAUAUUCACAUUGAACAAAGUGAAACUGGAGGAUGGAAGCUGACCUGCACAUCCACGGGAUGGUACCCAAAGCCUGAAGUGCAAUGGAGAGAUGUGCAAGGACAGUAUUCAACAUCAGCCUCUGAGACAAAAAUAACAGAAGAAAAUGGUCUAUUUUGUGUGGAAACAUCAGUUAUAGUGGAUGAAAGUUCAAAAGAAAAUGUGUCAUGUUUGAUAAGAAAUCCAUUCCUUAAUUUGGUGAAAGAAGCUCACAUUUCUGUGUCAGAGCAAAUCAAUGAAGAACUUAAAAAAGUCACUCUAGAAUGUGACCAAAUCAGAAAAGAACUUGACAAAGUCUCUAAAGAACGUGAUCAACUCAGAAACAAACUUGACAAAGUCCCUAUAGAACGUGACCAAGACCUUAAAAAUAGACCAGAGUUCACCCACACUGCCUUCCCCAACAGAUGGUCAGAGUUUGACCCUGAAGCAACUCUGCAGCGAAGUCUUAACACACCAGCAAGGCGUUCAACAGUGCAUGCUCACUUCUCCAGGAAGUUCAACUAUGGCAGGAGCCCCAACAUCACAGAGGACUGGAGACAAAAUGAGAGGACAAAGGUGGUCUGA